UUCCGGCACCAGCGGCUCAGGUGGCGGAAGUCGUCACUCGGAAGGGACGGGGCCCACGCCGCGUAUCCCGCUGCAGGUUCGCCAUGGCAAUGGGGGGAGGCGGCGGCGUCGUGCAGGAAGCGGAGGACACUGUGCUGUUCCGGCGCGGCACCGGCCAGAGUGAUGAUUCUGAUAUUUGGGAUGAUACAGCAUUGAUAAAAGCAUAUGAUAAAGCUGUGGCUUCAUUUAAGCAUGCUUUAAAGAAUGGUGACAUUUCUGAAGCUUCAAAUAAGCCAAAAGUCACACCUAAAAGAAAACCUGCUAAGAAGAACAGAAGCCAGAAAAAAAAUACCACAACUCCCUUAAAACAGUGGAAAGUUGGUGACAAAUGUGCUGCCAUUUGGUCAGAAGACGGCUGCAUUUACCCAGCUACUAUCACUUCAAUUGAUUUCACAAGAGAGACCUGUGUUGUCAUUUACACUGGAUAUGGAAAUAGAGAGGAGCAAAACCUGUCUGAUCUACUAACCUCAACCUCUGAAGUAGCUAGUAGUAUAGAACAGAAUGCUCAAGAGAAUGAAAAUGAAAGUCAAGUUUCAACAGAUGAAAGUGAGAAUUCCUCUAGAUCGCCUAGAAAUAAAACAAAUAAUGUCAAGUCAAAAUCUGCUCCUUGGAACUGCUUUUUUCCUCCACCACCUCCCAUGCCAGGAUCAGGUCUGGGACCUGGAAAGCCAGGUCUAAAAUUUGGUGGCCCGCCGCCGCCGCCACCACCACCACCUCCACCUCCACCUCACUUCCUUUCAUGCUGGCUACCUCCAUUUCCUUCUGGACCACCAAUAGUACCCCCACCACCUCCCAUGUGUUCAGAUUCUCUUGAUGAUGCUGAUGCUUUGGGAAGUAUGUUAAUCUCUUGGUAUAUGAGUGGCUAUCAUACCGGUUACUACAUGGGUUUCAAACAACAUCAAAAAGAAGGAAGGUGCUCACAUUUCAAUUAAGGAGUGCAGCUCUCUCUCAAGAAGAAUGGUAUUUUGAUGUGCCCUGGCUGAUGUGAACAUCAUCAUUUUCUUCGUAGUUGGGUGGCACCAUCACCUGCAUUUCUUCUUCUUGUGAUUCAUGCUUAAAUAACCAAGGAAUUUCUAAGGAAUUAUGAGUGUGAAUAUUGAACAAUGGAAAUGUUGAGUGAUUAAAAGAAACUCAGUGUCAUUUAUAUGCAGAAAAGUCAAUCUGUCAAAGUAUCGAUUGCUCACAAUUAUAUAUUGUAACUUUAUUAGUAUGUUAAGCUUUUUAAAAAUACCUUUAAAAAUAAAUGACAAUUUUUUUAACCUUGA